AACGAGACCACCACCAACAACAAAAUACACGAAACAAAGAAUCAAAGAAAGAACAACUCGACGCUUGCAGGCAAUCAACAGACUACAACCGAACGAUUCACCAUGAUUAAGGCAAACUCAAGGGAAAAUACCAAGAAAACGGCUCCCGCCAGCAGUUCGGGGGGUUCCUCCGAUGGGCAUUCCGACCUGCAUUCUUCCAUCACGCCCGAGGAAGACAAGAUGAGCAGGGGAGUCGUUUGGGGACGCCUUCUGUUCUCGGUAUGCCUACUCGUCCUGGUUGGAAUUCUGGUUGGAUCUCUCUACUGGUACGACAGAGCCCGGAAGGCCGACGACAUACAGCGCGCCAACGAGCACUACGAAGUCAUCAUGAACCGGGCAAUGAUCUCCACGGCGCGAUUGAUGACGAACCGCCUCGAGGGAGCCAGCGCCAUGGCCAGUCUUGCCUCAUACGCUGCGCCCACGAAAGAGGAGUGGCCCUUCGUGAGGGUCGAUUCCUGGUGGGCCGUUGGGGAGAAGGUUCAGGUGGCGGGCCUGAACGGGGGGUACUCUCUCGCCCCGAUCGUGACGCCGGAGAAUCAGGUGGACUUUGAGGUCUUUGCCGAGGAGUUUUUGAACGAGACCUACCCCGGCGAAGAGUCGGGGGUCAGUAGCUUCGGCUUUGGCAUCUGGUGCAAGAACAAGACGACCGAAUCGGAGGACACGAAAUACCACCACACGAACGGAUUCCCAUAUUCCUACGAGAGCGAGAACGCAUUUGCAACCCCCAAGUACCAGCACACAAAGGGGAACCACCGGCUGCUUAUGAUGGACGUACACUGCUUUCCCCAGCAGGGAAAGAGCAUCGACGAUGCCUACACCUGCAGCAAGAACCGGGCGGCGAUGAAACUAGCACCAAGCGAAAGCGGGGAAGCGAGCACCGACUUUGCGAACGAGAACUGCCAGGCGCUGUCCGAUCUGACCCCGCCGAAGGAUCCACUCGCUCGGACGGGGCCCGGGGCCUUUGUAUCUACCUGCGUUUUUCCGGCCAGGGACAGCUCCGAGUGCGUGGCCAUGAUUUUUGCCAAGAUGAACAUCUACGAGGUCCUCGACGACACCUUUCCGGAUUUCGUGGGCGGCAUCGAUUGCRUCGUCGACACGACCUUCAGCACCGCAUCGUACCGAAUGGAGAACGGCCUGGCCAUGUACCGGGGCGACGAGGACGUCCACGACGAGGCUUACGACGACAUGGGGGUGUCGAUGCGGCUCUUUUCGGGAUCGAACCUCACCGAUGGCUCGAUUUCUUACUACAUGACGUGUUACCCGACCGACGAGUUCUACGAGGACUACAGCACGGAGACUCCCUGGGCCGCCAUCGUCGGGGUGGUCUGCAUCGUCGCCGGCUUGUGCGUUUGCUUCUUCCUUUACGACUACUGGGUUCGCCGUGAAUUCCGGGUCAAGAAGGAACUCUUGAAGGCAAAGCGCCAGUUUGUCCGGUUUGUCUCGCACGAGGUCCGAACGCCCCUCAACUCGGUCUGCAUGGCCCUCACGCUGUUGCAGGAAGAAAUUGCACAGUCCCUGGGAUACGACACGAUCGAAGACAUGGAAAAGGUCCACACCCACGUCGACGAAGCCACGAGUGGCACCGUCGAUGCUGCUGCGAGCACCGGUACCGGUGCCACGGCUGCCGACCCCUCCGGGAGCAACAAAAAGAUGCUGGAGAUCGGGUGGUUCAAUCUGGCAAAGGAAGUUCAGGUCAACGCGGAAAGCUCCGUCGAGGUACUAAACGAUCUGCUCAAUUACGACAAGGUAGAGUCGGGAAAGCUGGCGUUGGAACUGACCGCGAUUCCCAUCUGGGACACGAUCCGGCAGACGGUUUCCGAGUUUCGGUUGCCGGCACAGUCGAAGGACAUCAAGCUCGAYCUGAGUUUGCCAACAAACGCGGCUCCCACCGACGGCACGAGCAUCGAAUCCCCAAUCCCCCUCAAGGACCGAAAGGUGGUCGGAGACUCGAUCCGGCUGGUGCAAGUCGUUCGAAACCUGGUGUCCAACGCCAUCAAGUUUACUCCGUCGGGGAAAUCGGUGAACGUCAACGUCCGAUGGGUCCCUAGCCCCCCGGAGCAAACCCAGGACAACCGAACCUUCCGGUACAAGACGAACGAGAUAGUCUCCGUCCCUCCGUGYGGAGAAAUGGUCCUUUCCGUGCAAGACGAGGGCGCCGGAUUGAGCCCGGAACAGCUCUCGAAGCUCUUUGGGGUGGGGGUCCAGUUCAACGUCAACCAGCUCCAGGCCGGAAACGGAUCGGGACUGGGCCUCUUUAUUGCCAAGGGCAUCAUCGAGCAGCACGAGGGCACCCUGGUCUGCCACUCGGCGGGCCUCGGCCGCGGGACGAGCUUUACCGUCACGCUCCCCGUGUACAACAUCCCCGAUCCCGUACCCGAGCACCCGGAGGUCGACGACUACUUCCAGSAGACGUACCACCAGAGCUCGCUGAAAAUUCUGAUCGUCGACGACGCGCGGUCGAACCGAAAACUGCUUCGGCGGCUGCUGACCAAGCGGGGCAACGUCUGCGACGAGGCCGAGAACGGGCUGGAGGGCGUCGAGAUGGUCAGGGCCGCCGCCGWCAAGGGUGGGAWCCAAUACGACCUCGUUCUGCUCGACUACGAAAUGCCCGUUAUGAACGGGCCRGUGGCCGCCACGAAGAUCAGAGAAAUUCUUGCGAGCAAGGAGCAGCACUCGUUCCUUGUCGGCAUCACCGGAAACUUUAUGGACGAKGACAUUCAGUAUUUCAAGCAGUGCGGUGCAAAUGCCGUCCUGCCAAAGCCCUUCAAGGUUCAAGAACUAGAAAACCUCUGCGUCGAAUACCACAUCACCGGAAGCAUUGCAACGGGGGAAGGAAAAUCCGUGAAACUGGAAAUGCCAGAGCUAUAAAAGUUACAAAACACUGACAUUUAUUUGCAAUUUGAUUAUUGUAUGUGAGMCGYAGCUUUUGAACAAAAAGAAAUUACCAGUUUGAGGGUUACUUCGGCGAUAACAAGGUCGAUCCUCCUGUGAAGAAAAAGCUACACUGAAUCAUUGAAAAACAAGCAAGAAGUAGGGAAUGGUAUCCAAAAUUUUGUUUGAAAUAACACUCGUAAACUACUCUCCGCAGCAUGCAYUUCCUCCUAAAUACUAGUAAUAAUAAAAAAUAAWAGUUGUACCGUGAGGUAUUUGGAAAGAGGAACUAUAUUACUGAAAAUGGCAAGGUGGAUCCUCUUAAUAUAAUAAUAGCAUUUAAACAUCCAAAAACAAAUGGGUAAUAGAUUACAAAAACAUUG